AAGCUAGCCUUCAAAUUUCAACGAGCCAAAGAAAAGCAAGAAAAGUUGAAAACGCGAAUGUCGACCGCAAAAAAUCAGAAAUUCAUUGUUGAUUUUUCGUAAAAAUCCAGAGCAAAAUUCCAUCAAAAUUGUGCGCGUUCGUGCCCGAUGUCUAGUGCUGAAGUCGCAGAUAAUUCCGUUGACCCCCCGGCGAAAAAGCGGAAGCUAAAUACAGGAGAAGCGAAUUGCAAAUCCUCAGCAAUGGCGAACAAUGGAACGCGUGUAGAAGAUGAAAUCGACGAGAGCUUGUACUCUCGGCAACUGUACGUUCUCGGGCACGAUGCCAUGCGGCGUAUGGCUAGUUCAGACGUUCUGAUCUCAGGGUUGGGUGGUUUGGGCGUGGAAAUCGCUAAGAAUGUGAUCCUAGGUGGCGUCAAGUCGGUGACACUUCACGAUGAUCGAGCGUGCACGGUGGCGGACUUGUCGUCUCAGUUCUACCUGACGGAGGCGGCGGUAGGUCAGAACAGAGCGCUGGCGUCGUGCGAGCAGCUCGUCGAGCUGAACCACUACGUGCCGACCACCGCCUACACGGGUGCUCUGGACGAGGAGUUUCUGCGGAAGUUCCGGGUGGUGGUGCUGACGGGCGCGUCCGCGGACGAGCAGGAGCGCAUCGCGGCGUUCACUCACGCGAACAACAUCGCCCUCGUCAUAGCGGACACCAGAGGCCUGUUCUCGCAGGUGUUCUGCGACUUCGGGCCGGAGUUCACGGUGGUGGACGUGACGGGGGAGAAUCCCGUGUCGGCCAUGAUCGCGGACAUCACCCACGAGUAUGAGGCCGUGGUAACAUGCCUCGAUGACACCCGCCACGGCCUGGAGGACGGGGACUAUGUUACCUUUAGUGAGGUCCAAGGUAUGACUGAACUCAAUGGCUGUGAACCGAGGAAAAUUAAAGUAUUAGGUCCAUACACAUUUAGCAUUGGGGACACAACCAAUUUCUCUAAAUAUAUUCGCGGUGGUCUCGUCACUCAAGUCAAGAUGCCUAAGAAACUUAACUUCAAACCACUGAAGGAAUCAUUAAAGGAGCCUGAAUUUCUCAUCACUGACUUUGGCAAAAUGGACUACCCCCAGCAGUUGCAUGUGGCCUUCGCUGCUCUUCAUAAAUUCGAAAAGUCUGAAGGAAGGCUGCCAAAACCCUGGAGUACAUCUGAUGCGGAUAAGUUCAUGAGUAUUGUCCAAAGUGUUGUGGAUUCUGGGGAACUAGUGAAGAAGGAUGAAUUUGAAAUUAAUAAGGAAUUGUUGGAGACUUUCUGCAAGAUAUCCUCAGGAGACUUAAAUCCAAUGAACGCCGCUAUUGGUGGUGUCGUAGCCCAGGAGGUGAUGAAGGCUUGCUCCGGCAAGUUCCACCCCAUCGUCCAAUGGUUGUACUUAGAUGCCAUAGAGUGCCUUCCGAAAGACCGGUCUAUUCUCACCGAAGAAGCCUGCAAACCCACAGGCACGAGGUACGAUGGACAGAUUGCGGUGUUCGGCAAAGACUUCCAGAAGAAACUUGGAUCUCUCAAGUACUUUAUUGUUGGUGCUGGUGCUAUUGGCUGUGAGCUACUGAAAAACUUCGCCAUGAUUGGAGUUGGUGCAGAUGGUGGCCAGGUGACAGUCACCGACAUGGACUUCAUUGAGAAGUCCAAUCUCAACCGACAGUUCCUAUUCCGACCCUAUGAUGUACAGAAACCCAAGUCCAGUACUGCAGCCAAGGUGAUCAAGCGUAUGAAUCCUCUAAUGAAUGUGGUCGCUCAAGAGAACCGAGUCUGCCCGGAGACCGAGGCAGUAUACGAUGAUACCUUCUUCGAAGCCUUGGACGGUGUGGCCAAUGCCCUCGAUAAUGUCGACGCGCGUAUCUACAUGGACCGUCGCUGUGUGUACUACAGAAAACCGUUGCUAGAGAGUGGCACUCUUGGAACUAAGGGCAAUACUCAGGUCGUAGUCCCGUUCCUGACAGAGUCAUACAGCUCAUCCCAGGAUCCACCGGAGAAGAGCAUCCCCAUCUGCACCCUCAAGAACUUCCCCAACGCCAUCGAGCACACUCUGCAGUGGGCGCGCGACGAGUUCGAGGGUCUGUUCCGACAGGCGGCGGAGCACGCCGCCCAGUACCUCACCGACCCCACCUUCCUCGAGAGAACCCUCCGUCUGCCCGGCUCGCAGCCCCUCGACGCGCUCGACAGCGUGCGCCGGGCAAUCGCCGACCGCCCCCGCUCCUUCGAGGACUGCAUCCGAUGGGCCCGGAUGCACUGGGAGACACAAUACAACAAUCAGAUCAAGCAGCUCCUGUACAACUUCCCGCCCGGACAGACCACGGUCAGCGGAGCGCCGUUCUGGUCCGGACCGAAGCGAUGCCCGGAGCCGUUGACGUUCGACGCGGAGGAUCCGCUGCAUUUAGACUAUAUCGUGGCGGCGGCGAAUCUACGUGCGACCGUCUACGGCCUGCCGCACUGCACAGACCGCGAUCGUAUCGCCCGCGUCGCUGCUAGCAUAGAGGUGCCGGAGUUCAAGCCGAAGUCGGGCGUGAAGAUCGCGGUGACGGACGCGCAACUGCAGCAGAACAACGACGACCUGGACGCGGACCGCGUGAAGAGCCUCGUGUCGGAGCUGCCGCCGCCCGCCGAGCUGCGCGCGCUCGUCGUCACGCCGCUCGACUUCGAAAAGGACGACGACACCAACUUCCACAUGGACUUCAUCGUGGCCGCGUCCAACCUGCGCGCCGCCAACUACCGCAUCCCGCCCGCCGACCGCCACCGCUCCAAGCUCAUCGCCGGCAAGAUCAUCCCCGCCAUCGCCACCACCACCUCCGUCGUCGCAGGCCUCGUCGCCCUCGAGCUCUACAAGCUCGCUCAGGGUUUUAAUACCCUAGAGGUGUUCAAGAACGGCUUCGUUAAUCUAGCUCUACCCUUCUUCGGGUUCUCGGAGCCGAUCGCGGCGCCCACCAACACGUACUACGACAAGAAGUGGACCCUCUGGGACCGGUUCGAGGUGAAGGGCGAGGUGACGCUGCAGCAGUUCAUCGACUACUUCAAGAACGAGCACAAGCUCGAGAUCACGAUGCUGUCGCAGGGCGUGUGCAUGCUGUACUCGUUCUUCAUGCCCAAGGCGAAGCGGCAGGAGCGGCUCGACCUUCCCAUGUCGGAGGUGGUCGCCAAGGUGUCGAAGCGCAAGCUGGAGCCGCACGUGCGCGCGCUCGUGUUCGAGCUGUGCUGCAACGACGAGCACGACAACGACAUCGAGGUGCCGUACGUGCGCUACACGCUGCCCUAACCGCCCCCCGCGCCCCCGCCCGCCCCGCGACGCCGAGCAUUUCCCGGCAUUUAAGCCGCUCGGGCGCAGCGAAAACCGUGCAGAUCUCCCGCCCGCGGCUCACGUAGGCGUCGCGUCGCAGUAACCGCUGCGGCCGAGCGAGCUCCGGCCAGCGACGUUUGUAUUUUAACAAAAUGAGGGUAUUUUAACAAGUCGAAGUGUUAGUCGAUAGAGGUUUUAUAAGCGGAGCGAGCCUCCGGAUAUCGUGUACAGAGACUUUGUGUUUUGUUUGUGCUUCGAAUGCGCUUCAUCUCGAUAAAUGAUAGUUAUUCGUAUAUUUAUAUUUCGCUCACCGGCCGCACGCCGACUCUCAUUGAUUUAACUUUAUUUUAAAAUAUGUCGUAAUAUUAAUUCAGAAGGGUAUGUAUAUGAUGAAAUAAAUUAAAAAUUAUUC